GGGCUUAUGUAUAUAAGUACCUUCUACCCUAACUUCGCGUUUGCUCUCUAGUUCAUCCGCCGUCUCUCGCAAGAAUUCCUAAUUUCUUGUGCUGUUGAGCUACAAUUCUAUAUCAUUUGUGUAAAUGAGGGGAAGGAGCUACACCCCUUCACCACCACCAAGGAGCUAUAGUAGAAGAGGUAGAAGCCCAAUCCCUAGAGGCCGUCAUGGCAGAGGAGAUGCCCCUACUAGCCUUUUAGUUCGCAAUCUACGUAGGGACUGUAGGGCAGAGGACUUGAAGAAGCCUUUUGGCCAAUUUGGCGAUGUUAAGGACAUCUAUCUUCCAAGGGAUUACCACACUCGUUGUAAGAGUUCUGUUGACGUCAAUCAAGUAGUAAAGAAUGGAGGUGAUGUUAAUGUAUAUGAAGAUUGGAAGAGAAUCUGUGAACCACGGGGUUUUGGGUUUAUCCAGUAUGUUGACCCAGCUGAUGCUGCCGAUGCUAAAUAUCAGAUGGAUGGUCAGUUGUUCCAAGGUCGGGAGAUCACUGUUGUUUUUGCUGAAGAGAACAGAAAGAAGCCAAAUGAGAUGAGAGCCAGGGAACGAGGAGGAAGAGGCCGUGCAUAUGAUCGGAGAAGGUCCCCACCUCGUUAUUCUCGAUCCCCACCACGCUAUGGGAGGUCUCCUUCCCAUAGUCGUGAUCACUACUCUCCUCGAAGGAGAGGAUACUCGAGGUCUGUCUCUCCUCCUCGUAGGGCUAGAUACAGUAGAGAAAGAUCAUACUCAAGAUCCCCAGCACGUGAACAGUCUCCUCCGUAUAACGGCCCAAGGGACUACAGUGUGAGCCCAGUGAGGGAACGUUCACCUGCUGGGUCAAGAAGCCGCAGCCAAAGCCCAGCCCGAAACCGUUCUCCAGAAAGGGCCCGAAGCCCGAGCCGCAGCAGGAGCCCUUAUCCUCCGGCUGAGUAUUCAAGGGGACAGAGGAGGGCAAGGUCCCCUAGCCAGUGACCCGACUGAUUGACCUGUGUUUUGGGAAAAGAAAUGCGUUUGUGCCGUGCUGUCUUAUUAGCCAUUACUAUCUUCUUUUUAACUGCUUUGCUUUGGUGACUAGACUCUUUUCUUUUCUUGUUAUGUUUCUUUUCUGCUUGGAUUGUUUCUAAGAUGUUUGCGAUGAUUUUGGAUUUCAUUACUCUCGGUUGUACUUGAAUUGGUUGAGAUGCUUUAAGUUCUGUGUGCUUUUUUAGUUUUGGGAUGAUUUUUGGAUUUGAUUAUGUUGCAUUUCUUAUGCUUAGUUCUAUUGAUUGAUUCGAGAAUGAAUGCAAGAAACACUUAUUAUAAGCUAAGGAGCACAAAAUGAUUUAAACUUAGAAUUGAGCUGUUUUUUUCCUGAAAUUUGGGAUUGUGUUGUUUUUUCCUUGAAAUUAAAUGGUGACAUAGUUUAUCUUAAUUACAAAUUAUGCAGUUACGUAUAUCUUUA